UUAAUAUUCUUAAGACACCGAAAUUCCGAAAAUCAUUAUACAUUAUUUAUUUAACAGUGUUAAAGUGUUAAUUUUAAAACAAUAUGAUCAAUAAACUGGUUUAUUUAUUGCUUUUAUAAGGUAUCUACUAUUAAAAGAAAAUCAUCAACUAUAAGUAAAAGAAAACUUUGCAAAAUACAACCAAUCUGAGAAAAGAAAUGGAGUCCAAUAUUAACUAUAGAUACAGCUUUAAAUCCAUUUUCGCUCAAGUAAUAAAAUUUUUGUCACGCCUGCACCGAAAGUUUGGUUUUCGACCGCGGUUGAAGCGAUGGAAAGCGACCUUUUUUCAUCCAGCAGGCCGUAAAGUGAGCUUGGCAUUGGCUGGACCGUGUUUCAUACAGACCGGGAUCGGUAUAGAAAUUACGUGUUCAACAAUAAUAAUUGGAGCAUUAGCGAGCAAUAAGAGCAAUAAUGGACUGCCACCAUUGACAGACGAACAAGCAUCUUGGUUCGGUAGUCUUCUGUUCUUGUUCACGCCCCUGGGCAGCGCACUAUCUUCGUUAACGCUAGACCACUUCGGUCACAAAACGUGCAUGAUAAUAACCAACGUGCCGUUCAUAGUGUCGCAGAUCAUGUUCUUUUACGCCAACAGCGUCGGGACAUUGUAUGCGUGCUCGAUGCUGAUGGGGAUUAGCGUCGGAUACUCGGGAGGCCCGUCUUCAGCCUACAUUGGCGAGGUGUGCGAGCCCAAGCUUAGGGGUGCGUUGAUGUCGGCGACGAACGUCUUCUAUUUCGUUGGCUCGUUGCUGUUCACAUUGAUAUACGCUAUCACAUUGGAAUGGAGGCUGACCGUGCUCAUCGCCAUGUCGAUCCCGAUCGUGACCAUCGCCAUAUUGUUUAUGACGCCGCAAUCUCCAAUGUGGUUGUUGACCAAAGGCGAACCCUUAAAGGCUCAGCAAACGCUUGGCAAAUUGAGAGGAUGGCCGUCGCACGAAACAUUUUCAAGCAAAGAGUUCAGAGAAAUGAUAGCUUAUACGUCUACAACUAUGGUACAUGAAGAUGACGACACCGAGCCUGACGCAACGAGUUCUUGGGGACAACUCCUUCGGCCUGAAGUGUACAGACCGUUCCGUCUGUUGUUGGUGUACAUUUUCUUUGCGAAUUUAUUGUCUGGAAUACAGUACGUACCUUAUCUAGUAGCAGUGUUUACUGAAUUCGGUGCACCCGUUAACGUCGAGUUUACAUUAGCGUUUUCAGUAUUUUUAUCAACGAUUGGAGGAAUAAUAACGAUAUUUUUGAUCAACAAACUUGGCAAACGAUUCCUUACGUUAUCGACGUUAUUAAUUUGCUCAAUUUGUUAUAUAUUAAUUGGAUUAAUCGGUGUGUAUUGGACGAACUCAAAACCUAUAACUUCUUGGCUGGUGUUAAUACUUUUUCUAACUACUACUUUCAUGUCAUCCCUUGGGAUAAUGCCUAUCGCAUGGAUACUUCUUACCGAGAUAUUUCCAAUGAAGAGUAGAAACAUUACCUGCAGCGCUGGAGGGGCAAUGGGUUACUUAAUAUCUUUUUUCAUGAUCAAGUAUUAUCUUGAGUUGUCCAACUUUGUGAACUUUUACAAUACAUUUACUUUAUUUGGUAUUUCCGGUUUAUUUGGUGCUGUAUAUUUCUAUUUUUAUUUACCAGAAACUGAAAACAAAACAUUACAAGAAAUAUCUGAAUUUUUCAAAUAGAAUGGUACUUAUUAUUAUUUAAAUACAAAUUAAAUGCACUGCAAUUGUUAAUAAAUACAAUAAAAAAAGAUAAAUUUGAAGCAAAGUAGAAAACACUCAACCAUGCUAUAUCCAAACCUACUAUACAUUUAUGUUUGUUCAGAAAGGAGAUCGCGAUCUCUGCACCGUUGGUGUUUACGCUUGGUAUAGCUUUAAAAUUUAAAUUAAAUUUCUAUGUUACUAAACUACCCUAGUCAAGUUUAUAGUAUUAUGUUGUUAUUAUUUAUUUUAUAAAAUAUGUGUUUAUCGUUAAAAUAAAUUACGAGAAAAACAGGUAAAUAUUUCAUUUAGUGCAUAAAU